AUCUUCUACCAAACCAAGCUCUUUAAAUACCACUCUUUAACUAACAUCUCUUCUCACAACUACAUUACUAGUAAAGCUGAUCCACUUCAAGCAUCAUACUACUUCAUUUCUCCUCUUAUUAGUCUUCUUGUUUCAUUCACCAUUGAUCUCAAAACAACAAAAUUCUACUUCACUUCUCUCUUUCUUUUGUUAUCCUCAUUCUUCACAAGUGAAAGCAGAAUAAUCAAGAGCAAUAAAGAUACAUAAGAGAGUGAUGUUGCUUCUCAUCUUUCUAACAAUCUCCGUAGUGGCAACAAGCGCAAGUCCAUGGAUACCGAUGGAUGGAAACAAUCCAGCUAGCUAUUGCUUAAGCUGGAGACUAGCAAUAGAAACCAACAACGUACGUGCGUGGCGCACCGUACCUCUACAAUGUAUGCGUUACGUUGAGGCAUAUAUGCUUGCUGGUCAAUAUGACAGAGACGUUGAGUUGAUUGGGGAACAAGUUAGGGUUUAUCUCAGUGAGAUAGUCCUUCCUGGUGAUGGCAUGGAUGCAUGGAUCUUGGAUGUUGAUGAUACUUGCCUCUCAAACGUCUACUACUAUCGUCUCAAGAGAUACGGAUGCGACCCUUAUGAUCCAACAGGAUUUAGAACAUGGGCAAUGAAAGGAGAAUCUCCAGCUAUACAACCUGUUCUCGAACUCUUCAAUGAUCUGAUAGAAAUAGGAUUCAAAGUUUUCCUAGUAACCGGGAGAGACGAAGAGACCCUUCGCCAGGCAACAGUUGAAAAUUUGCAUAAUCAAGGCUUCACCGGUUAUGAAAGGUUGAUCAUGAGGACAGCAGAGAACAAAAAACAAAUGGCCGCAACAUACAAAACAACAAUCAGAAAGCAGUUGAUGGAAGAAGGUUACAGUAUAUGGGGCAAUGUAGGCGACCAGUGGAGUGACAUACAAGGAGAAUAUUCAGGGAAUCGCACCUUCAAGAUUCCUAACCCUAUGUACUUCGUUCCAUAGGAAAAAAAAAUUACUACAAUCAACCAAUCAAUUACAUGUACAACAUUAAAAGUUCAGUAAAAAAAAAAAUACAUGUACAACAUGACAGUGUAUACACAAAGGUACAUCCCAACUUGUCAUAUUAUACCAAUACACAAAAAAAAUGAAUGUAGUGGACAG